AUGGCCAUGGGACCAGGCGAGCAGCAGGCUAUACACCCAUUCUUCCGACAAGAAUGUGGCAUCCCGGCGAAACCUACCCCACCAGUGCCGGAGGUCCUUCUGGAGGACGAUCCCAACGCAGGCCGACGAAAGCGACGAAAGACCGACAAGCCCAAGCACAAUGGGGAAGACAAAGAGCAAAACCUAGGGCUUUCAGUAUGGCUCGGGCAUGAUAGUCCCGUCAUUGUGUCUCCUGCUGAAAAUCAUCUCAACCACGGAGCUACCCAUGCUGCAGAUGAACCGCAACCUUUGCUGUCCGACAUCCAAGUCACCACUAGUACCGAUCAGCCUGUCCCUCCAUCGCUUGCGACGGAUAAUAAUGCGUUGGGAGCCGAGACUGGAACAACCACCGAGAAAAGACGAACCCUCAAAUUGAAUUCCAAUGGGAGAUUGCUCAGCUCACCACCACUCAAUCCACCUAAAGAUACGACCCAGAAGACCAAAGGAGGCAAACGCGGGAGGCCCCAGAAGAAAGAGAGCAAAGUGGUGACAGUCAAGUACAGCGUGGAGGAGGGCAAGAAUCUCGGCGGCUUGAUAGAUGAAAUAUUGAGCGGACAGAGGGCCCACCGUUCCUCGACCGAGCGUCCAGCGGUUCGAAAACCAAAGAGCGAAAAUGACCCCUCUCGACCAACUCAUCCAUUCUUCCUCAAAAAGCCAUCCCAGAAGCCGGAAACUUCCGAGGCCCCAACCUCCGACUCCCAGAAACCUUGCAGCCCAAGUCCAGCCGGCACCCAGGAAAAGAAGCCGCAGACAGGGACAUCCUCCAACCCAUUUUCGUCAUUUCGACGCCGCAUUUCCAAAUUUGCAGAACUUAUUGAUCCGCUAUGGCCACCGCGAGACCUUGUGCACGUCCGAGGCAUUGAUCCGUCUAGAACAGCUAAAAAUAUCGGGUUCAAACCUCUGGGUGACGACCAAAAGAAAUCCAAGGUCGCAGCUAUUUGCAUCAAUGACUCGGAGAAUGUGCUGUUAAACAGCACACAUGAGGCUAGAAAGGCUGGCAAAUUUCUGGCCAGCCAGAACAAAAACAGCCCAGACGUUCUACGGCAUCCUGGGCGGCAUCUCGCCAGCGGCACAGUGGUCCAAAAAGCAAUGGAGAGCCAAAUGUCCUGGGCUUUGUCAAACUAUCGUGUCGGAUUGAACCCCUCUAUUCCGCCCGUCGCGAAACUUCGCACAUCUCUUCUUUCCUCCGUGACCGCUUUUGACCGUGGACAAUAUGAGCCUCAGCUUUGGGCUCACAAAUACGCCCCCAAAUUGGCCGAAGACGUCCUUCAAAUGGGACGCGAGGCGCAUGUUCUGCGAGACUGGCUACGGCACCUCAAGAUUACAGCGGUUGAUACGGGUAAACCAUCGAAAGAAAGUUCCAAAUCGAAGAAGCACGACAAGAAGCGAAAAAAGCGGCGCAAGCAGGCCGAGAAGCUUGACGGAUUUAUUGUUUCAAGUGGAGAGGAAGCAUCCGAGAUGGACAAUCUUUCAGGCUCUGAUGAUGAAUUGGCCGGCGACGUGACUGUCUCGGCGCAGAAAACAGUCGUUCGAUCGGGCGAUCUUGCAUUUGGAUCAGUGCAUGGGAGCGAAAAAGGUCGGAUAACCAACGCAAUCCUUCUCAGCGGUCCGUCUGGCUGCGGCAAAACAGCUUCUGUGUACGCAGUGGCCAACGAGUUGGACUUUGAAGUGUUUGAGAUCAACCCUGGGAGCCGUCGCAGUGGAAGGGAUAUGCUUGAACGUGUCGGAGACAUGACGCAAAACCACCUCGUUCAUCUCCUCAAUGAAUCCGACGAACCUUCCGGUAGAGAUGAAACCAUGCAAAACAAGUUGAGGAAUUUUUUCAAGGCUCCACCUUUGAAGACUGCAGAGUCACACAAUCAAUUUGGUCGACAAAGCCCACAAUCGGACGGAGAGACCAAGCGGGCUCGAGAACAGAAGCAGUCUUUGAUUCUACUUGAAGAGGCCGAUAUUCUAUUUGACGAAGAUCGACAGUUCUGGACAGGAGUCUUGACGCUCAUCAGCCAGUCGAGACGCCCGAUUAUCAUCACAUGCAACGAUGAAAGUCUAGUGCCUACUCAAGACAUGUCGUUACAUGCCAUAUUGCGCUACCAGAAACCCCCUCAUGACCUCAUAGUCGACUACUUGCUUUUAGUCGCCGCCAACGAAGGCCAUCUGUUGAAACGGGAGGCCGCCAGCAAGCUUUACCAGGGCUCUGGGUUAGAUCUGCGGCGCGCAUUGAUGGAUCUGAAUUUCUGGUGUCAGAUGGGCGUCGGCAGCGAGAAGGCUGGGCUCGAUUGGAUCCUUCCUCGAUGGCCUCCCGGGUCAAAUGUGGACCCGAACGGAGACAGAAUGCGGGUACUGAGUCUUAACACCUACGAGCCCUUAAUGGGCUGGUUCAACCGAGAUAUGAUUCUCAGCCCGAAAUCGGUGGAUAAUGAGGCAGAGGCUUUACGGAACAGUCUUCAUUGGUGGGAUUUGGGUAUCCAAGACUCGGACGACGUGGCUGGCCGAAGCGAAGUUGAGCUCCUGCCCUCUGGUCAAUUCCAAACGGCUUCAAACCCAGCGAAGCUCGAGUUGCUUCAGCGCGAAUCGGAUUACCUCGAAAUGAGAAGCUCCCUUGACCUUCUUAGCUCUCGCUGUCCUCUGGCAAUGAAGAUGGAUGCCGUUGAUAUCUCUGCUCCAUCGCCCCCGGAGGGCUACCGAUCCAAUUACACUGAGAGCCAUCCCCUUCUUCACACUGAUUUGCAGCCUGAGCAUUCAUCAUUGAGUGAAGCUGUUGGUACUACCUUUGGUGCCAUAUUAAGUCAAGCUUUCCGUCCAAAGACCGGCGGAGACAUUGAAUCGAUACAUGCCAGCCGGGUAUUAAGUCCGCUGAACAACUCUACCAUUCGCCAGCCUGCUCCCGCAUCUUCUGUACCAGAAUUUCGAAAGGCCUUCGAGCCCAUCAUCCGAGCCAAUUAUACGAUGCCUCUUCCAACUGGUCGCCUGGCCCCAUCCUGGGAGAACGGGCUUUCAGUGAUCACCGAGGAUCUCGCCCCGUACAUUCGUGGAAUAAUGGUGUUCGACGGGCGCUUGAAGGAGUACCGAGACGGUCUCAAUGCGCUAUUGUGGCAGGAGCAGCGUGCACAUGGCCAGAAGCGAAUACGCACCACUCGGGCUAGCCGAGCAGCCCUUGAAGGGGGUGACAAAUCCUCGACACGAAAGGAGAGAUGGUUCCCUGAUGACACCAACUAUUUCGCAGUGCAGCGAACCGGAAAACCCGAGUGGCAAGAGGCUCUCUUCCGCAUGGGGCAUUUCCAUGUUCAACCUACCCCGGAUUUGGUUGGAGAGAGUAGCGACCAUGCGUCGGAUGGGUAG